AUGGCAUACCAGUCCGCCGAUGUGGUUGCGGCGCUCGACAUGAUUCGUCGAGCCGUCGCCUCCGGCGACGACCUCAGCCAACUCUUCGGCGAGUGGUCUGGACUGGAACGGCGGGCCCUGGUAUCGGCGAUCAACAGUCCCGCCGCCGCGCCAGGGCCCGUCGUGUAUGGUGAUUCGUCGAGGGUGACACCGGCGUCUUCCAGUGGAGUGGCAGCAGGGCCGGCACCACGCGCCUCCUUCGGCGCAGGGGGGGUCUCCGGAGCACCGUCGUCCUCGGCCGACAUGCCGGCGGCCGGCAAGCCGUCGGGUGGGGGCUAUCCGCAGAAGCCCACCCGUCCGGCGCCGUCGGUUCCGAAAGGCAGCCCGCCGGAGGUCUGGGACCAGGUGGGGUAUCUCUGUCGGACCGACGCGGAGCUGGCCUACAAACACAAUAUCCCGACGGCCGACGCCUACUACCGGCGGUACCAGACGGUACUUCCGGAUCGGAUCACGCCGUCGACCGUGGUCCCUGGGCCGCCGCCGCCGGCCCCGUCGGUGCCGAUCGUCGACUACCAGGACCGCAUCGCCGAGGAGCUCCGGCGGCAGUUCGAGGAGGAGUCGCGACACCAGCGCACCGGCGGCCCGCCGGUGAAGGCCAUGCCGGCCGCCUCGGCACCGUCGCCGUCGCCGCCAGCACCGUCGGGGUCAUUCCGCAGGGCACCUACACCAACGCCGCAAGAGAUGUACCCCGACGCGGACCCGAUCACUGGCGCCGGCUUCCCCAUCCUUCCGCGGCGGCCGGGGCAGAACGCCUCCCCCGCCGAGCUCGAGCGCCACCGGCGCGAGUACCGGCGUCUGGCCCAUAUCCGCCGGAUGCUGUGCUCACAGGAGUGGCGCGACCACGUCGAGCUGAUGGGCAAGUCCGGCGUGAGGUCCGACGUGACAGUGCCGGAGACGCUCCGGCCCCUCACCGUCGCCAACCUGGAGCAGUUGGAGGACAUCGAGAGGGCCGCCGCCGGCGGCUCCACAGCCAUGGUACCGGCGGCCUCCGCAGCGGCUUACUAUGUGCUGCGGGCACUGCCGCCCGGCGUCCGGGGAGGCCGCAUUCCGGAGAAGAUCCCCGGCGAGAUCUGGUGCGUCGGGUGGUGCGGGCACCCGUGCACCAACAGACUGCCACGAGCAGUCCCGGCACCGGUGAUCCGGUCGGCCGGCCCCCGUCGCUAUCUCCCCGUCGCCGUCUUCUACAAGGUCGACCUCACCGACGGCUUUGUCGCUGGCGACGUGGGGCCCGACUCAGAGCCGAUCAGGCCACCGGCGCUAAAAAGGCGCCAAGGCCGGCGCACGCCUAGGCUCGAGGCCCCCGUUGGCCCCAUGCGGCCCCGCCGUGGACAGACGGCGGACUUCGGACCGGCCCCGUCAAACCAAAUCGUACCGGCGGGGCCCGCGAUUGGGCCCUCAGCGACGGCUGUAGUACCGACCGGCGGUCCAGUAGUGGUCGCGGCGACGGUUCGCGGACCAAUCCCGCCCCCGGCGACGGUCCCCGACCGGCCGGCGGAAAGGCGGAAGGACAUCCCGCUCAGGAGGGACACCCGUCGAGCGUGCAAACGCACCGCCUUUGAAGCGGCCCUCCCGGAGAACAGGGAGGCGGCGCUGGCGGAAAUCGACGAGAACAUCCUGGCGAAGUCGUCCCAGGCACCCUUCCAGUCGAGAGUCCGCACGUGGCAGGAAGCGUGCGAGACUUGGCCCAUCUCGGCGGAGGCGGUGCGGAAGGUUGCCGCCACCUUCCGUCGAGGCGGCUAUCGGUCCGUCCAGAACUAUUUCGACGCCGCCGUGGCAUACCAGGAACAGUUCCGCGGCGAGGCCGUCGACCCCCUCAUCCGGCGGGCCAUGCGACGCUACGCCCGGGCAGUGGUCCGCGGCUUGCCCGGCUCGAAGCUGAAGGCCAUCUUCGCCGUCGACCGCCUGGUGGCCUUGGUCUCCAGGGUGGACCCGCCGGGGGCCGAAUCGUGGAGCCCGUGGGUCACGGCACACGCCGUCGACGCCCUCAUCCUGGCGGUGUGGUUCAUGCUCCGCGAGAUCGAGUUCUCAGCGGCGCGGACGCAGGACAUUGAUGUCGCCGACGGCACCGUCGCCCUCCGGCUUCCCCUGCACAAGACCGCGACCGGCGGCGAGGUCGAGUUGACCCAACGCCAGCUACGGUGCGCUUGCGGGGCGACCGUGGCGCCGUUGUGCCCAUACCACGCGGCGCUCCGCCAUGUCUCCCGCCUUCGGCGUGCCGGACGGUGGGUGCGUGGGGCACCCCUGUUCCCCGACGGGACCGGUGACACCUGGGAGAAGUCAGAGGCCGUCCUCUUCUUCCGGCGGGUCUUGCUGGCGGCGGGGAUCCAGCUGACCACCACCGACCACAACGGCGCCACCGUCCAGCUCUUCAACGGCCAUUUGGCACGGGUGGCCGGCGCAGCGUGGCUGGCGUCCAAGGGCGUCAACACGCCCAUCAUCCAGUUGCUGGGCCGAUGGUCUUCGGCCGCCGUCGAGCGGUACGUCCAGGCAGCGCCGCUGGCAGUCGCCCCGGACGUUCCCCGGCGCAUACUGGCGGAGGACGUCGAGAUAGUCAGCGUCCGGCCGGCGUACGGCGACGCCAUCUCGCAGGCCAAGGCCCCACCAGCUCUCGGCCCACAGCCGCCGCUGGCCCUGGAGGAUGGCGAGCCGGCUCAGGUGGAGGCGCCGCCGCCCGAGGAUCACUCACCGGCGGUCGCGUUCGAGCCCGGCCCAGUCAGACCCGAGACGGUGAAGCAGGUCGCCGUCGCGCCGCCGGAGCACCUCAUUUACAAUGAGCGGCAGAAACGGGCUCACGCCCCUGACCCGACGGAGGCUUCGUCGGACCGCUUUCUGUGGAAAGCGCGGGGUUGUUCCUGGCCAUACGGCGUCCGGAGUUUUUAUAGGAUCACCGAGCUACCGGCGGGAGCCGCCAAGUGCCUUAGGUGCUUUCCCAAGGCCCCGUCGGCUGACGGUGCACGGGUCGCCGACGGAGGAGGCAGCCUCCCCAGUGGCAUCUAG